ACUAAAUUCAUGCCAUUAACAUCCAUUGGUUGUAUAGCUUGCAAUAAUCUUCUGGUUGCAAUCUAUGGCUUGUCAGCUAGGGCAAGCAGUCUUAAUUCUUAUCAUGGUCUUACUGAUCAUCUAGCUGCAUGGUCAUUCAGUUUAUUGCUCGACUAAAAUUGCAGACUUCUCCUCAUUCAUAUAAUAUUGCAGUGCACUGAACUCAAUAGGUAGCCAAGAAAUCCUUCCUCACAUGGAUACAGAGACAUCAAUAUUUUCUUUGACUGGGCAACUUCGUAUGCUUAGGCCUUUACAUAGGCGUUGUUCUGAUUCCACUACUAGCAUGCUUAUAGUCGAGCGAGGUGCAAAUAUAUAGGGCAUAAUAACUCAUGAGCUCAAAGAGGAAGAUUACAUUGUCAAUGUAAAUUGUUAUUACACAUUGAUUCUGCAGUGCGUCGUCCUAGUUAAAAUCCAUGUCGCUAGAACCAUCAACAAGGAAUAGGCCUGUUGCAAUCUAGUUAUUACAAGGAGCAAAAAGUACCAAAUGUUCAUUAUGUACAUUAAUAAAAUGAGUAACAUGAGCACGGCCAUAUGCUACUCAAACUUUGAAGCCACAUGAUAGCAUAUUAUUUAUUGUUAGAUUAGAUUACCUUUGGAAGCAAGGGAAUUAAUAAUAUUGUUUUUCAGAUAUUUUUUUUAUUUUUAAAGUGCAUUUCUACAAUAAUCAAUAGAGACAAGCUAUCUUUUUAUUCAGUUCUUUGAUAAAAAAUAUAUAACAAGACUAGAAUAUAAAAAACGUUGAAUCCAUGGUGGCCUAAUUUCCAUAUGGCAUGCCUAUCUUUUCGUCCUCCACUCUCCUCCAAAUGUCUGCAGCCGCCGUCGUACCUUCUCCAGUAACCAUGUCCGGAGCUGCAACUUCUUCUUCUGCCUCCCACAUACUCAAGCUAAAUCACAAUCAUCAGCUCAUUGUUUCGCUAAAUGGCAGAAGAAAGUCAAUUAAUGCAUCAUCCUCCUCUUUUAUCGGCGAAUACCGACUCAACUGCAGCAUCUCUAGAUCCUCUCGAAGGAUCUCUUAUCCUUCUCCCAUGAGGAUCAGGCCGCUCUCUCUUGUCAUGGAAUGGCAAGAUUGCACGAUCAAAAAGGAAGUAGAUGUGCCCAUUUCAGUUGCGUACAAGUGUUAUUCUGAUCGUGAGGCCAUUCCUGAAUGGAUGCCUUUUAUUUCAACUGUAAAGAUUUUGGAGGAUAAGCCUGACUUAUCAAGAUGGUCGCUGAAGUAUCAAGCUUUCGGUCAGAACAUUGAAUAUUCAUGGCUCGCUCGAAAUAUGCAGCCUACGCCAAAUCAGAAGAUCCACUGGAGAUCUCUGGAGGGACUUCCUAACAGGGGAGCUGUGCGGUUUUUCCCCAAAGGCCCAUCAUCCUGCAUCAUAGAGCUUACAUUUUCGUAUGAAGUGCCUCAACUGUUGGUUCCAGUGGCAUCAGCAUUGAAACCAUUUACUGAAAACCUGCUGACACAAGGGUUGGAACGAUUUGCAACAUUUGCUAAGAGUUACUCAGCUGACACACCUAAAGAUGUAUAAACUAAAUUCAUGCCAGUAACAUCCAUUGAUCCUAUAUCAUGCAAAAACCAUCUAGCCGCAAUCUAUGGUUUGUCACUAGGAUCGAGCAGUCUUAAUUCUUAUCAUGGUCUUACAGAUCAUCUAGCUGCAUGGUCAUUCACUGUGUAUCGCUCGAGUAUAAUUGGAGACUUCUAGUCUUGAUUGCUCCCCAUUCAUAUCGUAUUGCAGUGCACUGAGCUAAAUAGUCAGUUCAAAAAACCCUUCCUCACAUCGAUAAAGAGACGCCAGUAUUUUCUUUGAUUGGCAACUUCGACUGUGCUUCUGCAUUAUGCUCAUCAAUGGAAAUUUUGCUUUCGUUAUUAUAUGAACUGAAAAUUACAAAUGUACUAUUCAGAGUAUUCAAGAUGUGUUAAAAAAUCCUGAGAA